UAUUUAUCACUAAUUAGGACAGUAGGCGAAGAAAAAGAAAAUCUUUUGACACUUCGCUUCCUUUUUUGGAUUCCCAGUCCCAGCUUCAAUAUGGCACUCCCGUAUUACCAGACGGCAGCCCUGCAGCAGCUGUACGAAGGACCACGCGCGGUGCGAUACCUUCUACCUGCGGAAUUGCCCAAGUUGCAAAAAAAUUGCAUGCAAAUUGAGGUUCCAGACUCGCGCUGUCCAAUUGGGUGGGAGUAUUCGCAAGGAUACUGCUUCGCAGGCCACGACUAUAAAGGUCCGUGCCGCCGGGUUGAAACCUUUGUUACUCCGGUCUACGCGGAGUACUUCAAGGCAGGAAAGAAGCGGCUCUCUUCGAUAGAUGAACAGGGGGAUGCGGAAGCAGGGGGUGCAGAAGCUUCGAGCACCAGCGGUAAAAACAAACAGACCGGUGCUAAUUUUGCUUCAUCCACCGCAGCUGCGUUGUUGUCACAGCAACAGAGACUAUCAGAGCCGUGGACAAUGCCCAUUCCAGCGCUGGACGGGUUGGGGAUGCAUUGGGCGCAAGCGCGGAAGAAUAUGGUCAAAGUUGCCGAGGACUGGAGCAACCUGAUGUCCAAUAAAAUGCAGCAAUUUGCGACCAAAUGCGACGUGAAAUGGCCUUGCGCGGGAUCCGGGAGUCACCAGACUCUGCCAAUAGUGGGUAUGUGUCCUUACAAGUGGAAACCGUCGACCGGAAAGGACUUUCUCGAAUCGUACCCAACCAAGGGAGAUCAACCGUGGUUGGCAUACGAGACUUUUUUCUCUACGAUUUCAAAAGCGAAGGCUUUCUGCUUCCCACCUGCGGAGAUUCGAAAUAACCCGAAUUGUAUCCAACCCCUGGAUCCGACCAAUUUUCCCGAAGAAGGAAGCCUGAAAUUGCAGAUUUUGCAGAAAGAGUGUGAUCUCAAGUACAACUUAGCGUUUUUUUUAUCGUGUUGCUUUGCCUGAUGCUGAUUUCGUUGCAGGUCAUUUGAAAAGUAGCCGCCUGUCAACCUUGUUUUUCUUGCUAACCUAUUUACUUCGACUGCGUGAUGUUGCUCAUGCUGUUCCGAAAAACUAGUCACUCAUCAACUCGACUUUGUUCAGGUGGAAAUCAGCCCCCCCGCCUAGUCCCGUUGAAACAGCGCGCGCUGUUGCGGAGGCCGCCAAGGCGGCUGAAGCAAAAUUAGCGCAAAGGACUUUGUUUUCAUAUAUUAAAGCUGAGGGUCCUCAGACUCGGUCCAAGGCGCCAAGACCGAAGCUGCAGAUCCCCGACGACGAAGCAGUCGACGCGGUCCUCGCAAGUUCGUCCUCCUCGAGUUCGGAAAAUAUCGCAGCGGAGGAAAUGAAAACGCAAGUUGCUCCCGAAGCCUCUCCCUUCUUUCCUGAUGAAGUGAAAGCAGAAGCACAAAGAGGCCUAAAUGAAGGGCAGUUGCUGCUGCCGACGCCGUUCGUGCCGCGACAACAACUUAGAUUUCUGGCGUUUUCCGCGGCUUCGCAAGGUGACAUGAACAGCGCGGAACCAACAAAGAUGCUGGUCACGUAG